AUGGCGACUAAGACUACCAAACAUCAACCAUCAAUGACGACUACGACCGCCAACGAGCCACAGAUACACACUGUGUUUGAGCCUGUCACUGGAACAUGGCAAUAUGUGGUUGCCGACCCAGACACCAAAGAAGCCGUCAUAAUCGAUUCGGUGCUUGACUACGACAAGGAAGCCGGGAUGAUCAGCACCAAGUCUGCCGACCAGUUGUCGAAGGUAGUAUCAGACCAUGGAUACACGAUUACUCGGAUCCUCGACACACAUGCACAUGCAGACCAUUUGACUGCAUCGAGGUAUUUGCAGAACGUGCUGGCGCAGAGACAACCCGCACGUUCACGGCCGCAAGUGUGCAUCGGAAGACGCAUUCUAGAUGUCCAGGAAAGGAUGAGGGAAAUCUACAAUAUCCCACAAGAAGACAUACACGAAGCGUUCGACUAUACUUUCGACGAUGAUGAGACCUUCGCUAUCGGUGGUAUUGAGGCCCGAGUCAUUCACUUGCCCGGCCAUACACCCGACCACAUUGGCUAUGUUAUUGGGUCAAAUGUGUUUACCGGCGACUCAAUGUUCAAUCCUGAUGUCGGAUCAGCUCGAUGCGAUUUUCCUGGGGGCUCGGCCACGGAGCUGUACAACUCGAUGCAGAAAUUACUAGACCUUCCAGGCCAUUUCAAGCUAUACACUGGCCAUGAUUAUCCGCCUGAGACGCGAGAAGGGCCGGUGGGAGCACAUGGCACCAAAGCCGUUCCAUUUACGACCGUGAAGACCCAAAGUGAAGAGAACAAGCAUGUCAAACGAGGAACCAAAAAGGAAGAAUUUGUGAAAUGGAGGUCGGACCGAGAUCAAGGCCUUGCAGCGCCAAAAUUGUUACAACAGUCUAUGCAAGUGAAUGUUCGAGGCGGUAAGCUGCCUGCAGCCAGUUCGGACGGAUUCAGAUUCGUGAAUGUGCCUCCGGACGUUGCACAGGUAAGAGGAGGCUAA